AUGAUGAACCUAGACCUCAAUCUGCGCCGAGGUAUUCAGUGGAUCUUCAUGGUUGCGUCUGUACCCUUCGCAAUUAUCGGUAUCGACUUCCUCCGACAUUUUGGGUUGCUUGUUGAUGCUGGUCGCCACAGACUUUUAGAUGAUAAUACGAAACUAGGUGUCGAUGGCGUCUAUUCAGAUGCCCCGAUAAUCAGCCCUGUAUUUCGGAUCGCAGACGCACCGUCCGACAACUUGCGCCUCCUCUCCGAACACCCGCGACUGGUUCGACCGACUGCAGAGCUUCCACCAGUCACGACAGAGGUUGCUCACCACAUAGUUACGCGCGGUCAACCAGUUAACGCACGACCAAGACGGCUUGCUCCAGACAAACUACGGGCAGCACGAGCCGAAUUUGACAACAUGCUUCAACUUGGUAUCAAGGUCCUGGGGGACUGGCGUCCUUGCGGUGACUACCGAUCUUUGAAUACGGUGCAAACGGCCGAUCGCUAUCCGAUGCCACACAUAGUGGAUCUCACCGCCAGUCUAGCGGGUAAAAGAAUCUUCAGCAAAAUCGACUUGAUACGCGCAUACAACCAAAUUCCGGUAGCCGAAGCGGACAUCGCUAAAACUGCCGUGACGACUUCAUUUGGUUUGUUCGAGUUUCUGCGUAUGCCAUUUGGCCUAAAGAACGCCGCGCCAACGUUUCGGCGUUUCAUCGACCAAGUUUGUCACGGUUUAAACUUCGAUUACGCCUAUCUUGACGACAUCUUAAACUUUACGGCCGAUAUAUGGCAUGUCUCAGGUGUGCACAACGCCGUCGCCGAUGCACUUUCUUGCAUCCAAGCUAUCUCCGCUGCCGCUGGCACUGCUAUCAACUUGGCAGCCAUGGCCACAGCACCACUCAACGAUCCUGAGCUUGAUCUACUACGCAGGUCUGACUCAUUAGAUAUACGACUCGUGCAGCUGACAUCAGCAGACGGAACGAUACUCUGCGAUUUGUCUCUGGGCACGCCGCGCCCAGUCGUCCCACGCGAGUUUCGGCAGACCGUGAUCGACGCGUUGCACGGCUUGUCUCAUCCAGGCGUUCGUGCAUCGGUUAAACUCGUAACCGCACGAGUCGUUUGGCGCAGUGUUAAUUGGGACGUCCGUACUUGGGCAGCUGCUUGCCUUCCGUGUCAGCGUGCGAAGGUGCACAAGCGCACGAGCUCAUUAGGCACGCUUCCGACGCCAGACGCACGUUUUCACCACGUGCACGUCGACCUCAAGACACCAGUGUACGUGCCCGAGAAGCUGUCUACGUGUUCACACGUCCUUCUUCGCGCAGACGGUGUUCGACAGCCACUUCAGUCGCCGUACAUAGAACCCUUCAAGGUGCUGCAUCGUGCGAGUAAGGCGUACACUAUUGACCGCGGUGGUCGACACGAAGUCGUCACCAUCGACCGUCUGAAACCCGCCUUUAUGGAAGAGACUACCUCGCCUAUUUCGUCUAGUAGUGCUUCGUGCGACGUCAAAACUCAUCCCACCAGCUUACAGCAUCAUAGUCCAGUUCAACCAGACCACGAUCUCGGUCUACAGGCCGUCCCAACAUCUCCCGGAUCUAGCCCGCUGCCUCCCACGACCAAUUGCCGUGGUCGGGAGGUGCAUAAACCCGCCCAAUUUUCCGACUAUGUACAGUGUAAAUACCUUUAA